UUGGCCCACAUUGGAAACGAGAAAAUUUCUUCAUAAAUUUCAUAAAAUUGAAAAAAAAUGCCAAGAGAAGUGUGCCAAUUAUGCAAGACUAACCAAGCAGUAGAGGAAGAUCUUGAAAAGGCCAAGUUCAAAUCGGCCAACAAACUGCUGCAAAGACUCUUCGAGUGCUACAAUAUUGAUGUCACCAUUCUGGGAGAGGAUUCGUGCCUUUGUGAGCCCUGUUUGGAUGAGGUUUCGCGUAUGAGCGAGUGCCUUGAGGAAUGGAGCAAGGCACAGGAAGACAUCCGGGAUAAAGCUCUCGAAAUAGACGACUCGGAGGCGUUUCAAGUGAAGUUUGAGCUUCCAUCAGAAGAUGAGGAGCAGUACCCGGAAAAUUAUGUGGAGCAAACCCCCGGGAAAGAUGACGAGGAGCAACAACCAGGGAGGGAUGAUGAGGAGCAAUCACCAGGAAAAGAGGGGGAGUCGUCUUCUGAAGAAUACUAUAUGGAGGGAACAGAAGAGGGACCUGAUGAUGAAAACGACGAUAUGAAAUUGUCUAAUGAGCAACCUUUUCAACCAUCGCCCGAGGAUUUCUUCAGCGUGGGCUUGGCUAGCGAUGGCUUGGCGAUAACCAAGUUCUUCAAGGACAGGACCAAAGCCACCCGCAUGGUAUGCACUUGCUGCGACCAGGUGCUCGAAAUCCUGGCCCACGUUCGGAUGCACAGUGGAAGGACCCGUCCGAAUCCGACCUACUACUGCCGUGUAUGUGGCUCGGAUUUCCCCACUUCGCGCGAGCUGCAGAGGCACAUCGUGUCGACGGGGCAUACCAAGAGCAAGUGCGGUGGAAGGGAUCUGGAGUUCUUUUGCCUCAAAUGCCACCAGAUAUUCCCACGGUACUUUGACGUUAUCCGCCACGAGAAUAGCGCCCACAGUGCUUCACAUCCCAUUUGUAUGGAGUGCAACGUGUCCUUUAAGAGCCUGGCAUCCUACGAGAGGCACAUGAAGGAACACAGUACCGAGUCUGAGUUGCCAAAGGUCUUCCAGUGCCGCUAUCAGAAUUGCAGUCAGAGGUUCCGGUUGUGGUCCCGAUUUGCGGCGCACAUGAAGUGGCACAAUGGUCGGGGUCACCUCUGCCCACAUGCCGGUUGCAAUGAGGAAAUACUGCCAGGGAAUUUCAUGAUCCACAUGCGCACGCACUUACAGCCCUGGCGACUGCACAGGAUGGGCCAGUUCAUGACCUUGGAUCCUUCGAAGCGGGUGACACCGGAUGUUCGAAAGGUGCCGUACGACAAGCGACAGUUCAGGGCCCAGAAGGCUCGCACUUUCCGUCCGCAGGAACUCGUCCAGCCGCAUCCCUCCAGCGGAGGACAGUUUAUCAGCCUGCCCAAGAAGAUUUCUCUGCAGCAGGGCAAAUACAUAAGUGUUGAAAGGGCGAAAGAGCCAAGAAAGUAGUAAUAAAACAAAAGUCUUCUCGCCAAAAA